CAGUUUGCCGCAUGCGCAUCGAGAACAGUGUGUGUGCGUGUGGAACGGCAUGUAAAUAUACGCAAACUGCCACAAUAUUUUAUGCAUUUCGGUCGCGUUUAAGUAUACUCAUAAGAUCAUCGUAAUUUAACAGGAACCCGUAUAUUGUCAGCCACGCGUAAAUAACAAUUUGAAUGCAAAGAAAACAGUCGCCUUUAAUAAUCUUGAAAAGCGCGAAAAAUGUGCUUUCUCGUCGUGCCGUGAAUUUUUACGAAAUCGAGGUUUUUCUAAUACUGUAACAUACAAGAUAUUUACGAAGAUAUUUGACGAUAAGAAGCUGUCGUUGUAUUUGAAAAUUUUUUAGUAACAGUUUUGCAGCAACAAUCAGUAGUACGUUUUAACGUGUUGUUAAAUUUUACCAUUUUCCACGCAGCUAAACCGAAGAUAGUAUAGAAUUAUACUAAACAAUCAGUUUGCCUGGCGGUUAGAUGAAGUGGCCUCUUAGAUUAGUUAGAACAUUAAGAAGACUCCGUACGUUAUUGCAGUAAAAAUACGAAAAUUAUGAAUGUUAUCGAUUACUAAAAUUAACGGUGUUUGUAAUUCCAUCCUUACACACGCAUAUACAUAUAGCAGUGCUGUACGUGCCGUUUUUCUAUUAAAAUGACUAAAUUUACUGUGCUUAAUUUUUUUUUUAACCGCUUUCACAUAUAACAUUCUGGUAAUGGUAUGAAAAUGCAAAAAGGCGCAUGUAAGAUAACACAUAUAAGUAACCGUCUCUAUCGGCGUUGAACGAAUAUCACUGCGUAGAUCUAUCAAUUCCAUUCGUAUCUUUCCAAAUCUCUCGAGAAAUAAGAAGAAAUAGAAACACUCAGUCCCGCGUCUUCGAGAAACACCCAAUUUCCGCGUUCACUUUGAUGCGGAGCCUAAUACGCUAGAGCAGAGAAUGAUCGACAACAUGUCGAAACAAAUAUCCCUUGGCCUGAAAAGGAACGACAGGAGCGAGCAGGAUUUGGACAGUUUCAACGAGGGCAAUCAGGGCCAGCGCUCGGACAAGCGCGAGCUCAGUCACAGGAUAUUCGUCAACCGAAGCCUGCACCUCGAGAACAUCAAGUUCUAUGGCUUCGACAUGGACUACACACUGGCCGAGUACAAGUCGCCGGAGUACGAGCAGCUUGGCUUCAAUUUACUGAAGGACCGUCUGGUUUCGCUGGGCUAUCCCAAGGAAAUCAGUCGCUUCGAGUACGACCCCAGCUUUCCGGUCAGAGGACUGUGGUUCGACACGCUGUACGGAAACCUGCUGAAGGUCGACGCCUACGGCAACAUACUGGUCUGCGUGCACGGAUUCGACUUUCUCAAGCAUUCUCAGGUGUACGAGCUCUACCCGAACAAGUUCUUGCAACUGGACGAGUCCCGAGUCUACGUGCUCAACACCUUGUUCAACUUGCCGGAGACGUACCUGUUGGCCUGUCUGAUAGACUUUUUCUCCAACUCGCGCCAGUACACCCGCGAGAAGAGCGGCGUCGGCGUGAAGGAGGGCGAGCUCACCAUGAGCUUCAAGAGUAUCUUCCAGGACGUGAGGAACGCCGUCGACUGGAUCCACAUGCACGGGGAUCUCAAGACCAAGACCAUCGAGAACCUGGACCAGUACAUCAAACGGGACGAGAGGCUGCCCAUAUGCUUGACCAGGAUAAAGGAGAGCGGCGCCAAGGUCUUCUUGCUGACCAACAGCGACUACGUCUUCACCGACAAGAUCAUGACCUACCUCUUCGAUUUUCCACACGGCGCUAAGCCCAACGAGCCUCACAGGAACUGGAAGACCUACUUCGACACGAUCGUCGUCGACGCCAAGAAGCCCCUGUUCUUUGGCGAGGGAACCAUUCUCAGGCAGGUCGACACAAAGACCGGAGCCUUGAAGUUGGGAACUCACAAAGGUCCCCUGCACACAGACGAGGUCUACUCGGGAGGCUCUUGCGACGUGUUCACGGAAAUGAUCGGUGCCAAGGGCAAGGACGUCUUGUACAUCGGUGACCACAUUUUCGGAGACAUACUCAAGAGCAAGAAGAUCCGGGGAUGGAGAACGUUCCUGAUCGUCCCGGAACUCGUCCAAGAAUUACACGUCUGGACGGACAAGUGUCAGCUGUUUGCCGAACUUCAAAGCUUGGAUGUGAUGCUCGGAGAAAUGUACAAAAACUUGGACAGCAGCACGAAGGAAAAACCCGACAUUUCGAAACUUAGGGCGUCCAUUAGGGACGUCACGCACAGAAUGGACCUGGCCUAUGGAAUGAUGGGAUCUUUGUUCCGCAGCGGUAGCAGACAAACGUUCUUCAGCAGCCAAGUAGUCAGAUACGCCGACCUGUACGCGGCAACGUUCUUGAACCUGAUGUACUAUCCGUUUUCUUACAUGUUCAGAGCACCUGCCAUGUUGAUGCCUCACGAGAGUACCGUCGCGCACGAGCAACGAUUUGUGAUGGAAACUCCGACAAUUAGCCGCUCCAGAAUGUUCAAAAUAAAAGAGAAUAACGGCGGUCAUUUGCAAAGCUAUUUCGACGCCGAACAGGACAGGGAGGAGCACGACAAUGUUCAUAGCACAAAUAAAAAUGGAAGUAGUUCGAAGGAUUCGCUGAGCCCGGAAACAGGCUUCGAUCAAAUUCCGCACGCGAGGCCGGAAACUCCGCGAAACGUGACCCACACUCACGACGACGAUUGUAGUGAUGAAGACAGCGAUUGCGUUAAGCGUUCAGAAGCUUAAAAUAUGCAUAUAUCGGGAGAUUGAGAUUUGUUACCAUUAAAUAUGCGGCUAUAUAAAAGCUGAAUUGUUAAUUUAUAUGUAAACGAUUUUAUGUUGUAACCAGAUCUGCCUUUUUUUUUAUUUAAUAAGGACUAUACAAAUUUUAAUUUUAAACUUA